UUAUCCUUGAAAUUUAAAAACAUUUGCCAGGACAAAUCUUGGUGUUGAUGAUCUCUGUUGAACCUUCUCAGUCUCCAGUCUCAGGAUAAAUGAGGAGCUGAUUCUUAAUCCUGUCACAUUGACUCAGAUUGCAUUCCAGAAAGGUGGUGCUGAUUUACCCUUUCACCAGCAGUGUAUCCAGAGUGCUCAAUGCCCUAUACCCACAUUAACACUGGGUGUUAACUUUUUUGUUAACUAAUUACCAAUAUGAAAGGCAACAGAAUGGACAGCAAAUUAUGGAUGAACCUAUGGGAGAGGAAGAGAUUAAUCCACAAGCUGAAGAAGGCACCAUCAAAGAAAUUGCAAUCACACAUCAUGUAAAGGAAGGACAUGAAAAGGCAGAUCCUUCUCAAUUUGAACUUUUAAAAGUAUUAGGACAGGGAUCAUUUGGAAAGGUUUUCUUAGUUAAAAAAAUCUCUGGCUCUGAUGCUAGACAGCUUUACGCCAUGAAAGUAUUGAAGAAAGCCACAUUGAAAGUUCGAGACCGUGUUCGGACAAAAAUGGAGCGUGAUAUCUUGGUAGAAGUUAAUCAUCCUUUUAUUGUCAAGUUGCAUUAUGCUUUUCAAACUGAAGGGAAGCUGUAUCUUAUUUUGGAUUUUCUCAGGGGAGGAGAUUUGUUUACACGCUUAUCCAAAGAGGUGAUGUUCACAGAAGAAGAUGUCAAAUUCUACUUGGCUGAACUUGCACUUGCUUUAGACCAUCUACAUAGCCUGGGAAUAAUCUAUAGAGACCUGAAACCAGAAAACAUACUUCUUGAUGAAGAAGGUCACAUCAAGUUAACAGAUUUUGGCCUAAGUAAAGAGUCUAUUGACCAUGAAAAGAAGGCUUAUUCUUUUUGUGGAACUGUGGAAUAUAUGGCUCCAGAAGUAGUUAACCGUCGUGGUCAUACUCAGAGUGCUGAUUGGUGGUCUUUUGGUGUGUUGAUGUUUGAAAUGCUCACUGGCACACUACCUUUCCAAGGAAAAGAUCGAAAAGAAACAAUGACUAUGAUUCUUAAGGCCAAACUUGGAAUGCCACAGUUUUUGAGUCCUGAAGCCCAGAGUCUUUUACGAAUGCUUUUCAAACGAAAUCCUGCUAAUAGACUAGGUGCGGGACCAGAUGGAGUUGAAGAAAUUAAAAGACAUUCAUUUUUCUCAACAAUAGACUGGAAUAAAUUGUACCGAAGAGAAAUUCAUCCACCUUUUAAGCCUGCCACUGGUAGACCUGAAGAUACAUUCUAUUUCGAUCCUGAGUUUACUGCAAAAACUCCAAAAGAUUCACCUGGCAUUCCACCUAGUGCUAAUGCGCAUCAGCUCUUCCGGGGAUUUAGCUUUGUUGCAAUCACUUCAGAUGAUGAAAGCCAAGCAAUGCAGACAGUUGGUGUGCAUUCAAUUGUUCAGCAGUUGCACAGAAAUAGUAUUCAGUUUACUGAUGGAUAUGAAGUCAAAGAAGACAUUGGAGUUGGCUCCUACUCUGUUUGCAAGAGAUGUAUCCACAAAGCCACAAACAUGGAGUUUGCAGUGAAGAUUAUUGAUAAAAGUAAGAGAGACCCAACAGAAGAAAUCGAAAUCCUCCUUCGUUAUGGACAGCAUCCGAACAUUAUUACUCUAAAGGACGUAUAUGAUGAUGGAAAAUACGUGUACGUAGUAACAGAACUUAUGAAAGGGGGUGAAUUGCUGGAUAAAAUUCUCAGACAGAAAUUUUUCUCUGAACGCGAAGCCAGUGCUGUCCUGUUUACUAUAACCAAAACUGUGGAAUAUCUUCAUGCACAAGGGGUAGUUCACAGAGACUUGAAACCUAGCAACAUUCUUUAUGUGGACGAAUCUGGUAAUCCAGAGUCAAUUCGAAUUUGUGAUUUUGGUUUUGCAAAACAACUCCGAGCUGAAAAUGGUCUUCUAAUGACUCCUUGUUACACUGCAAAUUUUGUGGCACCAGAGGUUCUAAAAAGACAAGGCUAUGAUGCUGCUUGUGAUAUAUGGAGUCUCGGUGUUCUCCUGUACACAAUGCUUACCGGUUACACUCCAUUUGCAAAUGGCCCUGAUGAUACCCCAGAAGAAAUACUGGCUCGAAUAGGUAGUGGGAAAUUCUCACUCAGUGGUGGUUACUGGAAUUCUGUUUCAGAUACAGCCAAGGACCUGGUGUCAAAAAUGCUUCAUGUAGACCCUCAUCAGAGGCUGACUGCUGCCCUUGUGCUCAGACAUCCCUGGAUUGUCCACUGGGACCAACUGCCACAGUACCAGCUAAACAGACAGGAUGCACCCCACCUAGUAAAGGGUGCCAUGGCAGCUACAUAUUCUGCUUUAAACCGUAACCAAUCACCAAUUUUGGAACCAGUAGGCCGCUCUACUCUUGCUCAGCGGAGAGGUAUUAAAAAAAUCACCUCAACAGCUCUGUGAAGUGAACCUCAGUGAGUUAUUUGGUACCAUGAUGCAAGCUGAUAGCACAAGUUCUGGCGACAGGUAGCACAUAUCUGAAAGACACCUGCAAGCACACACUGUCCCAGCUGGUACCCAUAAUGCUGCUGCUCCUGCUGCUGCUCCUGCUUUUGUCUCUUCUCGCUUUAAAUCAGCGGUUCUCAACCUGU